AUGAUGUUGAGAAGAUUAGUACAUAUUGCCAAUAGUAAUAAGAAUGUUGUUACUUGUAACAGCAACAACAACAAGUCAUCAUUGUACAAUCAUUUCAAAUCAUCAAAUAUAAAUGAAACGAUUACUACUACGACACAACAAUAUGCUAAUGUUAAUGUUAGAUACUAUAGUCAUAACAAAGCAAUCAAUAAUAAUUUAAAUAUGUACGAACGAUAUAGAGUGGUCAAACGUGACAUUGAUAGUGUUAGAAAGCAGAGAAACGAGACAUCGACCAAGAUGAAAGAUAAGAAGCUGACAAGAGAAGAGCGUGAUCAGCUGGUCGAGCAAGUGGGAUUCUCACACUGUUUCCGUAGUGAGGUGGGUGGUGGCACCAACAACCGCGGUAUCUACCGUGUACACCAGUUCUCCAAAGUCGAGAUGUUUGUCCUUGCCAACGAACAGGACAGCGACCGUAUCCACCGCGAGCUCCUCGACACGCAAAUCGAAAUGUUUAAUGAGCUCGAACUCCCCUUCCGCGUGCUCGAUAUGCCUACGGGCGACUUGGGAGCACCCGCCUACCGAAAGUUUGACAUUGAAGUAUGGAUACCCAGUCGCAAUGGAUAUGGCGAGAUCUCUAGCACCAGCAACUGCACCGACUACCAGAGCCGUCGUCUCAACAUCAAACACCAUCUUCACGCAGACGCCGACUCUCACUUUGUUCACACACUCAAUGGUACUGCCAUUGCCAUCCCACGUAUCAUCCUAGCCAUCCUCGAAAACAAUCAACAAAAGGAUGGAUCUAUGAUUAUAACGAUCAAGUUAUUUUGGCGCAUUUAUAGUCAAUCACACAACAAACAAGGAUAUCAAAAGGAAGAUGGUUGUUUUCCAUCAUUUAGUUGUAGAGGUCAAUGGAUUUAUGAAGUAGAGUAUGCAAAUGCAGGAUGUACAGGAGCAAUUAAUAGAGUAAAUGCAUUUUAUGCAGGACAGUGUUAUGCCGGUGGUUCAGACUAUUGGUGGUACACUGUGUCUGGUGGUACUGCUUCGUUUGCAAUCAGUCAAGGAGGUUGUUUUGCAGCACCAGACUACGCUUAUAAUUACCCUGCCGACUCUGGAUGUACUGGAUCUAUGCAGGUCAUCACACGUACAGUACCUCCACUACCAGCCACCGGAUUCCUUGGAUUCGAACGUAUUAGGUCGCCAAACCCAUCAAGUGAUUGUUUAAACUACGAAAAUGAAAGAAGUAUUGAUAGAAUCAAUGCAUGUGUCAUGUUACCAUCAAACAGAGGUGCUGGUAUCUAUAUCAGGGCCUAUCAAACCACUCAAAUCGGGUUUGGAUAUUAUUAUGCCGGAUGUGGUACUGUAAUGGGUACCAAUGUAUUUACAUCUCCAUCUACAUGUUCAAGUGUCGAUGGUGGGUAUACAUGGGGACAAGUGUUCCCAGCACUAGGUAUAUCAUCGGUCGGUGCAACCAACACCCUAAACGAUGUAUCGCUCACUACCUUUUCGUCGAAUAUCGGUGGUUCCAUCUUUUACUACACUGCCACGCUCAGCUGUCCAGCUGGUCAAUACCCAAUGGCCACUUCGAUUAACCCAGCCACACCAACUGCCACCCUCGCCAUUCCAUCCGCAGCUAGAGGUCAGAGUUGCACAAUCGUCGUGUCAGCCAACGGAGACACUAUCGUAUCUGGCGGUCCUAUAACAGGUCAAUCAGGUGCCUUUACCCUUCCACUUCUUGCAACAAUGUCAACAUUAACACCAGGAACUGUAACAACUAAAACCAUAGCAUUUACUUAUUCUAGUAGUACUGGAGGUACUUAUACAGUGACUGUUGGUGGAACACAAUAUCCAACUUGUUCGGGUGUGACUACAUGUACUGCCACUGGAUUAAAUCCAAAUACACAAUACACUGUCAGUGUGACCGUCACCAAUGCCGGUACGACCUCUGCACCAUUGAGUUUCACCACUACCACUGCCAAUAUUAUUGACACCCCAUCCGUUUCAAUCAACGCUCAAACCAGCACAUCUCUUACCGUAUCGUAUGCAGUGACUGGUGGUUAUGGAGCUACCAUCUACCAACUCAGACUCAACAACGUCGUUCAAGCUUCAUGCAUAACUUCAUCAUGUACAAUUCCCGGUCUUGUCUAUGGAACUGUUUAUACUUUUUCAGCAUCUGCAACCAAUGAUGGGUAUACUGCAACUUCACCCAAUUUUGUUAAAAACUUUUGGACUUUACCAACAAUGGGACCAGUAAAUAUUGUAAAUUAUGGAACUACAUGGUUAACAUUUAGCUAUUCAUCAAAUGAUGGUAGAGUGAUUGGUGCCAAUACAUUUGCUAUUCGAGUCAAUGGAAUAUUGAGUACAAACUCUACUUGUUCAGGAUCUACCAAUUGUUAUGUUGGUGGAUUGACUGCAGGUUCAACACCAGCCAUUAGCAUCACAUCUUCCAACAGUGGUGAAACAUCUGCUACACAAGGUACAGCAAAUCAAAAACUAUAUGAUAGUGUCAGCACCCUUGUUGUUACACCAUCCCUACAAACAAGUUCAUCAUUUAGAGUAACGUAUUCAAGUUCGAAUGGUAUCCCUUUAAAAACAAUCUACCAAGUUUUAGUUGACAGUAUUUCCGCCCCUAGCUGUCCAGCCACCGAAGGUGCAUGUACUAUUAUAUCCCUUCCACCAAAAACCUACAAUGUUACAGUCACUGCAACCAACGACGGUUUAUUAAUUUCAAAAUCAAUCAAUGUUCUUGUUACAAAUUUCCCAACAAUGAAUCCAAUUGUAGUAGGAGAUAUUGGUACAACUUGGGUUGAAUUUACUUAUUCAUCUAUUGGUGGUACAGCAGGAGGUAAUAGUUUUACAAUUAAUGUUGCUGGAUCAGAUAUUGCAACUGCAUCAUGUAAACAAGGACCAUUCUGUAGAGUUUCUGGUUUAACUUCUGGAUCAUCACCAGUUAUUUCAAUCUUUGUAACCAAUAAUGGUGAAGUUUCCAAUACUGUAUCUUCAACUCCUUCAUUGUAUCAACCAACCUCGCCACCAAUCAUCUCGUUUUCAAGAGUAUCACCAACCACUCUUAAUAUUUCAUGGACCGAAAAUGAUGGUGUUCCAGGCCUAUCUCUAUUUGACGUGUUAUUAAAUGGAACCAAUAUUUGUCCCAAUAUUGCUAUUAACAAUUGUUUAUAUAAUUCAAUUACCGAUGGAUUAUAUUACAACUUUACAAUCAUUGUUAAAAAUGAUAACUUUGUUUCAUCAAAUUCAAAAUCUUAUUUCUCUUAUCCUCCAACAACACCAGUUUUAGUAACAGCAAUUGGAAAGACAGGAUCAAUUUAUGUAAAUUGGACAGAGUCAAGUGGAGGUGUGCCAGAUGAAACUAAAUACCAUGUAUUCUUGUCUAUUGAUAAUGAUCAUUGGGCUAGAGUUUGUUUGGGUGGCGCUGCUAGUAAUAGUUUGAACCUUUCAUGUUUGGUUGAUGACUUGACAGACAAUACAUUCUAUUAUGUAAUGGUGACUGUUGAAAACACAGAUUUUGAAGUUUUAAGAACCAUUAGUAAUGCUACUACUCUACCUUUUAACGGUACCAAUAGUUGCAGACCAGCUGGAUCAGAAGUGGACUGUUCAGGUAAUGGUACAUGUCCAAAUCAUGAAUGUCUGUGUGCAGACGGUUGGGAUGGUCAAUAUUGUGAGGUACCAACUGACGGUGGUGGAGAUGGUGGAGAUGGUGGAGGUGGUGUGAUCAUUACACCUAAUCCAUCAAACCCAGGCAUUGAUAUUGAUAAAGGAGGUGUAAAAUACUCAUUCACAAUUAACAAACUAUUGGAACGUGAUUUGGAUAUGAAUGUUGCCAAAGUGUUAGAGUUGACAUCGAUUAAAUGGCAACCCGUCCAACAAGUCAAUGAUACUCUGGUACACCCAACCAACAAUGGAUCGGUGAUUAGACGUUCGUGGACAUACACAGCUAUCAAUGUAACCUCGUAUGCCGCUGUCAUCAAUAUCACCUUUAUCCAACUGGAAGCAAUCCCUAAUGUGACAGUUGGAGACUCUUACCCAAUGUCAUUUGCAGGUGAUGAGUUCCUUCUCAAGAUCGGGUCGUUCAAAUAUGCAAUGGAAAUAUCUCAAUGGAAUUGGGAUAGCCAGUUAUCAACACUAGAGUUAUGGACUAGUAUCAAUGCUCAACCUGAAGAAUGUGCCAGUGAUGAUUCCAAUCCCAUUGCAAUGGUCAAUGGUACAACAUCCAACUUUAUCAAUAUUGGUCAAGCCAACGGCAAACUACUGUACGGUAGACUUGUCAAACGCGUCGUUCUCGACUCUAUCCCUCGUUCAGUCAAUCACUACCUCGUACAAGAAUCCGAAACCAACACAACUGUCGUCACAGCCAUUCCAUACUUUGAAAACCAAGUCGACAUUGAUCCCAACUUUUCCCUCUUGCUCGACACCUCCAAAUCAUCCAAUGACGGUUGCUCCAAACCCGACAAUACCUGGCGUAUCAUUGUAGGUGUAGUAGUUGGAGUUGCUGCACUUGCAGCCAUCACAUUUGCAGGAACACUCUUUUACAAGAGAAAGCUAAGAAAUCAUCAACAACAAAAGACCCUAGCUAAAAAAUUAUCAUCCAUCAAUAAUAAUAAUCAGUCAUAA